AAAGAGAAAAAAACUGUCAAGGCUUGGCGUCGAUUUGAGUGAUCGAGUCAAAAGUGCCGACUGGACUUUGUCGGGUAGUUGCACUUGUGUUGGUUUUGCUUUUGCCGUCUUCAGUUGGUGGUUGGCUUCGCAUCGGGACAUUGCUCCAGCAAACAAGCAAGAAGAAAAAUAGUUACUUUGAACUUUGUCAAAACUGGACGCACAGCCGACCGGAGAAAUUAAUUAAUUGUCAGCCAAGUGGUAAAAUAUAAUACAAAAUUUGGUUUUUUCGAAUUUCUUGAAUUUUUAUUUGAAAGUUUGGAAAAUAUAAUUUGUUUUUUUUUAUCAGGUCAAGUUUCGUACAAGUCGGCAAGAUGAGGAUGAAACCAGUUUUGCCUCCUCCCAUGAAACCAAAAGUUUCACCCCCUCGUCUUCCAGUGAAACUAGAACGUCCUUCUCCCCCAGUGGAAGCAGAAUGUCCUUCUCUGGUGGAAGUGGAACGUUCUUCCGAGAAAUCAGAAUCAGAACGUCUUCUCUCGGAGUCUAGUUGUUCUCCUGUGGACUUGGAAGGUCAACGCUCAAAUUCGUCUCCCAUGGAAUCUGAACAUUCUCCUCUUUCGGAGACGGAAUUUUCUCCUACGGAAUCAGGACGUCCGCUUUUCUCACAGCCAGACCGUUCCCCCGUAGUGUCCGAGUUACGAUCUCUUCUCUCGAAGAUAGAAGGUUUUUCUGUGAAACGUUCUCCUCCCCCUCUGGAACCAGAACGCUCUCCUCCUGUUGUGGAACGUUCUCCUACUGCUGUAGAACGUUCUCCAUCCCCUUUGGAACGUUCUCCGCCUGCUGUCGAACGUUCUCCACCAGCCUUCGAACAUUCUCCUCCUGCUGUCGAACGUUCUCCUCCAGCCUUCGAACGUUCUCCUCCUGCUGUCGAACGUUCUCCUCCUGCUGUCGAACGUUCUCCUCCUACUUUCGAACGUUCUCCGCCUGCUGUCGAACGUUCUUCUCCUACUUUCGAACGAUCUCCCCCUGCUGUCGAACGUUCUCCUCCCCCUGUGGAACCAGAAGACCCCUCUGUGAACUCUGAAUUAGAACUUCUUCUCUCGGAGCCAGCAGGUUCUCCAAUGGAAUCAGAGGAUUCUUCCGUAAAUUCUCCUCUACCGAUGGCAGAAAGUUCUCCCAAGGAACCAGAACUGCCCCUUCUCUUGAAUUCAGAACCAACUGUUGAACAGCCAGAAAUUUAUUCCGAGGAACCAAAACUGCCCCCUGUCUCAGACUCAGAACCACCCCCAUCACCCCCACCAGCAAAACUCCGUCCAAUAGCACACCAGGAAGAUUGUGAAUAUGACGAAGAGGCAUUCUUGAAUAAAAUGGAAGAAUCAUUUUUAACGCCAUUCAUACUAGAAGCUGAACUCGCCAGGGAUAUUGAACGACACGAGGAAGAUUGGAAGCGUACCCAUAAGAAAAAGGCGAGAAAACCUCCUGCCCUCUACAAACGUCCCAUCAAGGAUAUAGCAAACGAUCCUGUAAUUCUCAACUAUUUGAAGGAGCAGAAGGAACUAAUUACCAAAUACCGAGAGGAUUACUAUCGGAGGUGUGCAUGUGAAGCGGAGGAGGACGAGGAAUGGAAACAGUCUAUCGAAAAGGAUGAAGGAAGAAAGAAUCUCACUUCAGACGAAGAAGACCUAUUUGUCGAAAAGCCCAUGGAUGAAGACCAGAACAAAAAACACAUCCUGGUCAAGACUGACGCUGAAAUUACUAAGAUGGACGUUUGCUUGGCUGGCAUGGUUAUCGCUCCGUAUCAACGAUUGGAUAUUUUCCCAAUUAUGAUCCCUCACGGAAUUCCAAGUGACGCAGUUCCCAGUACCAGUGCUGCCGCUACCCGACCCCCUGUAGAUAAGAAAGGAGAUGAUGACAUCCCUCCAUCAAAGAUGAACCAAGCAUCCACCGCCCUGGACAAUAUUAACGUGCAACUUUCCCCCGAAAGUGAAGCGGAUGACAAGGACAUGGAUAUUGAAAUGACCACGUCACAAGAAGUCAUCACCUCGAAUAUGGCUGGUAACCCCAUCGUUCCUCCCAUUGCAGACACGACCCCCCAAGAUAAGCCAAAAAAUAUGGAAGCAAUCAAUCUGGAUCUUUUUGGGGAUAUUUCCAUUUCUGAUGCGUCAGAUACUGAUCUCUAAUAAUGCAUGUUUGCUGAAUGAAUUGAACGUGCAUUACAUACAGAAAAAAAUUAUUAAUUUUAAUUUGGAAUCCAAAUUUUGGAUUGUUCAGAAUGAUCGUGUGCAUUUUUUCAUUGUUAUUAUUUAUUAUAGGUGAUUUUGUAUUAUUUUUUAUAAUAAAUAUGUUGUCGCUGCGAGUUGAUUGAAAAACAAAUCGUGUAGAUUUACAUUCCUUUGUUUGGUGGCGGUUACACAAAGGAGAUAAAUAUAUCUCUUCAUUUGCAUAUUUUUCACUCAACGUUUACUGCGUCUCAUUCCAAACAAACCAACGUUGCGUUGGCAGCUCGUAGUUCGAGUCUCUUUGUUCCUCAGUCGGCAGUCGGUCGUCAUUGCAGUUGGAGGUAUUUUUUACUUUUGCUCUUGUGUGCCUAGUUUUUGGGCCAAAUUUGGAAAUAUAAAAUUUCGAAAUUAUAAACAAAGUGACUACUUCAAGCUUUUACUAAACUGCUCGUUUUAUCAAAGAAAGUAGACGCAUUAGCAGUGAGAUGGACUCUACCGUUGAAAAAGGAGUAAGCUCAACUGAGGAAGUUGAAGAAGGGGUGGCCUCAACUGGGGAAGGUGACCAAGAGGUCUUUCAGGUGGAGGCGAUCAGGGGACAGCGAAAAGUGAGGGGGAAACUGGAGUAUUUGCUGAAAUGGCAAGGCUAUCCGGAGUCCGAUAACACUUGGGAACCGGCAGGAUCCAUCAUGUGCUGGGAUCUCAUAGAUGAGUUUAAGAAGACAAUUGAGUCGGAAAAGACAAAGUCUGAAGACGCGAAAAACGCACAGAAGAAAAAGAAAAAGAAGGCAGCCAAACCCAAAGAAGUGGAAGAAGCUGAGAUAAAAGAUGACAAAGCAGCUGGAUCAAGUCCUUCCGAAGAAGAAAACCCGGACAAAAACGCUGAGAAGGGGGCAACGGGAAAGGGUAAAAAGAAGAAAGCUCGUUCAACUAUUGUACAUUUGCCUCCACCAAAUCUAGAGGAAUUCGAAAUUUGCGAUACUACCGGCGAAGGCAACGGAUUUGAGCGUGGAUUGCAGAUUGAAAAGAUCACAGGAGCGACCUGCCGUGAGGGCGACGAGAUUUAUUUCCUUGUGAUGUUUCAAGGCGAGAAUUUUGCCGAGCUCAUUUCUAGAGAGGAAUGCAAUAAGUGGGCCCCCGUGAAGGUGAUCGAGUUCUACGAGGGACGACUGCAUUGGUACCAGCCACCAAAGGAGUGAAAGAUUUCUGUCAAUUUAACUAAAAUCGCUACGACAUUUGGUUAUUCUUGGUGUUUAUUUUUUUUAAUGAAUUAAUAGUUACAUUUGUUAUAUUGUAAAAUUAAUUGACUUUACACUACUAAAUGUUAAUGUAGUUGUGAUGAAUUUCUCAACGAGGACAGAAAUUGCUGAAAGAAUAGUUUUAAAAGGGCAAAAUUCGGUCGGUCUAAUGGAUCCGGUCUCCAACAAGCCAACAUAAUUUCAUAUCUAUAAAAAAUAGUUAAUGCUUUCACUUUUGUUAAAACUUGUAGAAAAAAUUAGAAAUGAAUAAAUGCAAAAUUAUAUGUAAGUACAA